AUGAAUGUAACUAAUUUACGAGAUCGUUACACAGCUUCGGAAUAUCUAGGAGCAUUGGAGAAACAACUAUUAGAAUCUAAUUUAAACACCAUAUUUUCCACACUAAGAAAUACAGAACAAUAUUGGCGUAGACCGAGAAGUGAUUUAGAGUGUAUGACACAACAUUACGGACCUGCGACAUGGUUUAUAACCUUGAGUCCUACUGAAUGGUUAUGGGAUGAUUUAGGUGAAUACAUUCGUGAAGUUAAUGGAUGGUAUAAUUCUUCAUUAAGUACCAGUAUACUCGUUGCUAGAGAUCCUGUGUCGACAUCCAGAUUUCUCGACAAUAAGUUACGGGCAAUGCUUGAUUUUAUUUCUUCUAAAGAUCAGCCGAUCGGAGAAGUAACACAUUACUUCUGGCGAAGAGAAUAUCAGUGUAGAGGUAUACAACAUUUUCAUUUAUUAAUUUGGGUUAAAGAUGCACCGAUUAUUGGUAAAUCUUCUGCCGAAGAAGUCUCUGUAUUUAUUUUACAACAUAUGAGCUGUAGAAUGCCGAAUAAAACCAUUUCUCCGUUAUUAUAUAAGCGAGUCGAUACUCAUCAACGACACAAACAUAACGAUUAUUGUCUUCGUUCCAAAAAAGCUGGACGUAAAGUAACUCGUAUAUGUCGUUUCGGAUUUCCUCGUGCUGUGACGGAUACGUUAGUUAUGAGAGAUGUUGUAAGUUCGAUAGCAGGUAGGAAACAAUUAAGACAUAAGAGUAGGCUUUAUGACCUUCCCCGUACGGAUGUAGAAGCUAACAUAAAUGAUUAUAAUCCUAUUCUUCUUACUGCAUGGGAAGGAAAUAUGGAUAUACAAUUUAUUGGUGAAAAAUCAUCGUUGCUUACUUGGUAUGUUACCAAGUAUAUGAAUAAAGCAGGAAAAAGUGAAUUAGCCGAGUCUGUUUUUGAUAGUAAAAAUAAUAAAAAUAAUAAAUCAUUGGCAAGCUAUCUUUGGAAUGUUGCUUUCCGAUUUAUGAAUAAUAGAGAAUGUGGUGCUCUUGAAGCUGCUGAUACAUUGCUAAGUAUUCCUCUAUAUGGGACUGAUCCAUACACGACCAUUAGAUAG